UAAACCAAAACGAUUACAUUUAAGUCUAAUAUUUUGAAAGAGAAAUGAAUUUAUUUAUUAGUAUAACAUUACUUUUGCUAAGUGCAAAUGCCAUUCAGAGCUUUACCGUACAUGCACGUGGUGCCAACAUCACAGAUAAAGAUGACGAUAUAGAAAAUCGUAUUAUUUUGGGUGAAGAAGCUCAACCUGGUCAAUUCCCAUGGCAAGUUGCAGUUACUAUAAAUAUGGGCUCGUUUUGUGGUGGUGCUUUAAUACAUCCACAGUGGGUUUUAACUGCUGCUCAUUGUGUACAAAAUGGUUACACAUAUUCGUUAGUAAUUGGAUCGCAUAAACGUACAAGUAUUACACAAACUGGCGUUAGAGUUACUGCAAAAGAAUCAAAAUAUCAUAAAGAAUACCAUUCAAGCACCUUACACAAUGAUAUUGGUUUAAUUAAAUUACCAAGUCCGGUGAAAUUAAGCGAGUAUAUUCAACCAAUACCAUUAGCCGAUCCAACACAAUAUAUACAACCCAAAACCAAGCUUACAGUUAGUGGUUGGGGGCAAACCGAGAAUGGUGUUUUAAGUGAAAAUUUAAAAUACGCCAAUCUUACAUCAAUUGAAAAUGAAAAAUGUGCUGAAUAUUAUGAAAAUCAAGCAGAAGAAAUUUAUGAAUCAACAAUUUGUUGUAUGGGUGCCACUAUUGAAAGCACAUGUUUUGGAGACAGUGGUGGUCCUUUGGUACAGUUUAACAAUGGUAAAGCAACACAAGUUGGAAUUGUAAGUUUUGGGUCAGCUAAUGGUUGCAUGGCUGGUGAACCUACAGGUUAUACACGCACCGCUUCAUUUAGACAAUGGAUCAAUGAAAAUACUAAUGGAGAUGUUGCUUAAUUAAGGGACUUUAAUUAUUAAGUACCUAAUAAAUUUUAACGUUUGUAAUACCA